AAGUUUUAAUAGAAUAUGCAUUGAUAGAACCUAGAAUAUAAGUGCCUCUAUAGAAACCUAUAAAGUUCAAUAUGGGCUCUUAUGGCUAUUCCAGGUUUGCUUGUAUUACCCUGUGGCUGUAUAUAUUGGCAGCACAGUCCUUGUCUUUCUAUUCAAAGGGAAUGACCCUUCGGGACCUCAUUGUGAAGUAUCCCUUUGGUACAUUCAUACAGGAAUUCAAGAUAUGGGAUCGAAUCACUUUAGAUGCAAUAUGAUUUCAAUCUUGUUUUGUUAAUCCAAUUUGAUUGAAGCCUAUAUGGAACAUAAAACA